AGGACUUGUAUAAAAAAGAAAACAACUAUGAUUGUGUGAAUGGGGAUAUAGAAACCGCUGUGAUUGCACAUGUGCCAGAUAACAAAGAUGGCGGACGGUGAGGCAAGACAGGGAGAUCGGUGUGGGAAUUUACCGUUGUUAUGAUGGAUUCUAACAGUAGUAGCCGAUCCAGAAUGCGUCAGAAGAGUGAAUGAAGAUCGUAAUUAAAUGAAGGCGAAAAAGCGGUUCUUAUUAGUGACUUCAUGUGGGAUUUUGUUAGUGCUCGGAUACUUCAGUUUGCUUCGUGAAUCGACACACCAUGGUAGUACCCACUUACAACCCGGAGAAAAUGCGGCGAGUCGUAGCGGAGAAUUUCGAGUUUUUCUCGAUUGGGGAGAACAUGAUUUCUCCGUCGACUUGCACGUGUCCCCUAGACACAGGAGACAGGCCGAGGUUCCCUCACAGGACUACAGAAACUGCCGCAUGGAGAGCUGUUUCGACUUCAGCCUGUGUCAGAAUGCGGCUGCUUUCAAAGUUUACGUCUACCCGGAGUUGGAACCCGUUUCACAGGGCUACAGGAAAAUCCUUACAAGUUUACGCGAAUCCAAAUACUACACGGACAACCCUGACGAAGCCUGUGUUUUUGUUCUUACCGUGGAUACUUUAGAUAGAGAUGUGUUAAGUGCAGAUUAUCUGAAAGAUCUGCCUUCAAAAGUGAACCAGCUGAGUUUAUGGAAAAAAAUGAAUGGUAAAAAUCAUGUGAUUUUUAAUUUGUAUUCGGGCACUUGGCCAGAAUACGUAGAAGAAGACCUUGGUUUUAACUUUGGUCAGGCCAUUUUAGCAAAAGCUAGUAUAUCUAUUGAUCGGUUUAGGCCAAACUUUGAUAUAUCCAUCCCAUUGUUUGGAAAGGACCAUCCCCAGAAAGGUGGCGAAAAUUACGAACGAACUAAUUCUUAUAUUAUACCCCCAUAUGCAAGCAGACAGUAUCUCUUGGCAUUUAAAGGGAAGCGCUAUUUAAAUGGAAUAGGUUCUGAAACUAGAAAUGCACUUUAUCAUAUACACAAUGGAAAAGAUAUUAUUUUGCUUACCACUUGUAAACAUGGGAAGAACUGGAAAGCGAUGCAAGACUCCAGGUGUGAAACUGACAACAAAGAGUAUGACAGAUAUGACUACAAGAAGCUGUUGUACAAUUCCACGUUUUGCCUGGUGCCCCGUGGGAGAAGGUUAGGGUCAUUCCGCUUCCUGGAGUCCCUACAGGGCGCAUGUAUCCCGGUCUUAGCCAGUAACCACUGGGAGCUCCCUUUCUCGGAGGUCAUUGACUGGAACAAAGCCGUCAUAUGGGCAGAUGAAAGGCUUAUUUUACAGGUACCAUCAAUCGUCCGAUCCAUUCCAAAGUCAAAAAUCGUGAGCCAGCGACAGCAAGCACAGUUCCUCUGGGAUGCUUACUUUUCCUCCGUUGAUAAGAUUGUCAUUGCAACUCUAGAGAUUCUUCGGGAUCGUAUAUUCAAGCAUGUGGCUCAUACACAGAAUCUGUGGAACAGCCAGCCUAGUGCUCCGUUUAUGCUUACGGAGUACGCCAGUACCCUCAAGUCUUUCCCAUUCUACUUACGCGCUCAGGGGAAACAACCAGGGAACAAAUUUACAGCUGUUAUUUAUGCAGUUUCGCCUGUGAUGUUCUCUUCUUCCCCGCUCUUCCGGCUGAUACGAAGUGUGGCAAAAUCAGCCUUUGUACAUAAGAUAAUUGUUUUAUGGCAUUGUGAGGUGCCACCCCCUUCCCAGCAGAAGUGGCCAACAGAUUUAAACGUCCCGGUCAUUGUGAAGAGCAAAGAUGUCAAGACAAUCAGCUCCCGUUUUUACCCACAUGAGGAAAUCCAAACCGACGCCAUCUUAAGUCUGGAUGAGGAUGCCCUCCUCAAUACAGAUGAGGUGGAUUUUGCCUUCGUGGUUUGGUGUGAAUUUCCAGAGAGGAUUGUGGGAUAUCCCGCCCGCAGUCACUAUUGGGAUGAAGCACGAGAUAGGUGGAGUUAUGGGUCAAAGUGGACCAAUGAAUAUUCAAUGGUUCUAACUGGUGCAGCCUUUUAUCAUAGGUAUUAUAAUUUCCUCUACACCUAUCACCUGAGCUCCGUGCUCCGCAAGACUGUGGACCAGUCCCAGAACUGUGAAGAUAUCCUGAUGAACUUUCUAGUCAGUCAUGUGACCAAACUACCACCAAUCAAAGUGACUCAGAGAAAGUCCUUCAAGGAAGCCAUGUUGCCCGGCAACACGCGUCCGUCCAGCUGGUUGGAUGCAGAUCACUUUUCUCAGCGCCAAGUCUGUGUCAACACGUUCGCCACCAUUUUUGGGUACAUGCCAUUAGUUCGGACUUCCAUGCGCCUUGACCCCAUGCUGUUCAAAGACCCUGUGUCCAUUGUUCGUAAACACUAUCGUAAAAUAGAGGAAGUGAACAUCAUGUAGCCUAUCAGACUCCUGUAGAUGAUGACCCUGAGUGACCUUGAACUGUCAAUCAUCAUGAUGAAAAUUUCAUCACCACAAAUUUCCAAAGAUGAAUCAUAAUCUCCACUAGAAAGUAACCGGGAGCUGUAGACAUUUUAAGGUGAAAAAGCCUGCUGUAAAGCUUUUUGUGCUUUACAUUUUUUUUUGUUUCAUUUAUCCAAUGGACUAUCCUUGUUGUGAUGAAUUACCUGAAAAUUAGCCAGUAAAUCGAAUACCAUGAAUGAAUGCGCCUCUUAGGUGACUAAGGAAACAGGUUGCUAGGCAACCAUCCAUGGUGGCAUACUGUGAACAUUUCUGAACAGGGUUUUUAAGUCAGGUAGAUUAAUGAGUACUCACAAAAGAAUUGGUCACUGCCAAAGCCUUAAUGUGUGAAUAUAUUAAAUUUUAAAUGAUCAGAGACGAGUGAUGUUUGAAUAUUAAGUUUCACAGGUCAGAUCUUAUUUGUCGACACCUGUGCUUUUUGUUGUUUUCUUUUUUUUUUUUUUUUAUCUGUUUAGGAGCCAUAUUUCCAUAAGUACCGCAUAAUAUGCUCACAUAUAAAUAUAUACAUAUACAAUUCUUACAUAAUUGUAAAGCAGAAGUUAAUCUAAAAUCAGCAAAGCAUAGUCUCUUCCUGGGAUGGAAACAAAGCAUGGAACUGCCAGAUCCCAGCUGUAAGAAACACCAUCAUUUGAGACCAUUACAGAAAAUAGCAGGAAGUGUCUUAUAAAUUUCAUCAGUACAAGUGUCUUCCAGAGUUGCAUCCCUUGAUAGGACUCCCUCUUAGAUGGAGCUGAUUUGCUUUGUCUGUGUACAUUUUGGGCACAGUUAAGCCAAAGCAUCAAAUGUUGUCUGCUAAUCUUGACUAGUUAUGACACAAGUCAAAUAUUCUGAUUCUGAGUGAACAGUGUAUGUUCAGUGAUGACCAUGGGAAGCUCCUGUUUGACGAGAAUUUUUGAUGGUAAUACACUGUAAAGCAGUACUGGUAUGAUAGUAGUGAACAGACAGUAAGUCAGUGGAAUGGCAUUGUAAAGCAUAGGGCAUUGUGGUUGGCUGGUCACCAUAUUUUCAGCCUCAUGCUGUAGCUGUGCCUAUUGUGUAGAUUUAAGCUUGUGGAAUGUUAGAAACUUGCAGAAGGCAUGCCUGUAGUGGCCUAGUAACCAUUGACAACGCUCAGCCUAUGUGGUGCUUUAUAAUAACUGGGUAAAGUACAGAAAGCUUAGAGCCUAAAUUCUGAUUAUUUGGCUAGAGCAUUUAGUCUGUGCUCAGUUUAAUAGGCCUACCAGUAUAACAGCAUAAAAAUACUUGCCAUGUAAAUUUCUCAUCUUGAAAUUAAUGGGGUUUCUGUAAAAUCCGGAAAUUUACCAUUAAUUUACUCUGUUCCUAUAGAUGAAUGUGCCUGCAGUAGAGAAAACAGAGGUCACAAGACAAAAUACCAAUUCAUAAAAAUAUGGCCAGUUAUCUGCCCCUGGAGGAAAUCCAACAUUCUGUUCUCCACUAAGUGGAGAGGCACAAUCUAUUCACCAGUAUAGUCAUCAGGUUAUAAAUUUGUUAUUUGUCAUAAUUUAAUCCUUUUUUAUGCAGCAGGAGAUAGAGACAUGACUUGAAUGCAUAAAAUGUUACAAAGGUUAGUUUUGGGCAUAAAAUUCAGUGAUAAUUUGCAGUAAAGACGGCUCAAAAUUUCUUGAGGAUGUAUAAUUGGAAUGAGACGUUUGUAUGGUCAGUUGUUUUGCAACAGCAUCUAUACGUAAGGAUGAAGUCAUGGUUCAAUUUCAAACCGAAACGUCAAACAGAAAGUACAAAUUUUGACAAAUUUGGCCAACCUUUGUAUGUGUACAUGUACUUGUAUAUAAUAUGGAAAUUUGCUGUGCAAGCUAGUUGUUCACAUACUGUUUGAUUUCAACAGUGAAGGUUGUGCUUCUCAUUACUUAGGGUCAAAGGUUACAAGUUCAGAGGUCACUAUAUCACAAGCUGACCUUUUUUCCCUCUGAUUGGUGGAAAUCUGUGUUUUAACAAAUUUCUAUCCUGUCAAAAUUUAUUAUGGUGCUAAAAAUUUUAAGUGUCACAUCAUUUCAAAACGCUGAUUAUUGCUCUAUCCAUGUAAAAAUUUGUCUUAAAAUUAUGCUUUUGAUUCCACUCAAGUUGCACAUAAAAUUUGUCUGCCACAGCUUUUUAUAUUAUUAUUGAGUAAUAUGUCCGCCUUAAUUUUCAUUUUUGUUUUUUUAUAAUGCAUGAUGUAGAACUUUGCAUUAUACAUUUAGAACAAUAAACCAAAUUAUUAUUGGGCAUAAAUUGUUAAAAUUUUUAAAAGACAAACAUUAUUUCUUGGAGAAAAUGGUGUUUAUAGUAAUUAAUCAAUCCAUUAUGUUGCCAAAAUUUUGAAUUCUAUAAAUAGGCAGUCUGUAAGUAUUUAUUGCUUCUUUUUUUUAGAAGUACCAGUUACUAUGUAUGGGCCUGCAGACUGGAGAACAGUUUUCAAAUUCUUGGAUAUCUUAGGAAGCAGCUUUCUUGGGAAUUACCAAAAAGCAGUCCUAAAAUAAAUUUAGCAUGGAAGAAGAAAUAAUGAUAAUAAAAACAUUACUAUGCGUGAACACUGCAUAGUGUUUUCUUAGAUUUUGGUAAGAGAUAAACUCGGCAUUCACAUUGGUAGAAUGUGAAUUCUAGUGUCGACAAUUCCAUUGUUUUUAAGGAUUGGUACGAGUUUCUAGUGAUAAGCAUUUCUGGCGUUGUACUUGUAGCAUGAUUUCCUCUUGCAGACGUAAAUCCUGGUGAUAUCAAAUAGUGUUUGAGAAAACAAAAACUCAUCGGACUCCAUGGCGCCUGGGUGGCUUCUGUGGCAUAGGGUGAGCAUUCUAGUGAACCCAGGAGUAUGUCACCAAUGCAGUCGCUGUGAGUUCAAGUCCAGCUCAUGAUGGCUUCCUCCCCUGUCAUACAUGAAUGAAAUCGUCGUAUGAAUGAAAUAUCCCUGAGUAUGGUAUAAAGCUCUUGGUGCCAGGGUUAAAGACAAGAUAAAUGCAGAAGAAAAAAAAAUUUGCAUACACUGAUCUUCUGGCUUCUUAUUUCAGUGACCUGGAAAUUUACUUAGUACAAAUGUAAACAUGUUAAGGGAUACAUGAAAUGUUUGCUUUUUAUUUCUUUUAUACUGUUUAGACCUUACAUUUAAAGGAGAAGAAAACAUAAAAAUGAUGCCAAAACCUGAUGAAAGAGUGUCAAAACGUAUGCAAAUAUGAUCAUUAAUAUAUUAUUUGGAUUUUUUUUCUAGAGAAAAGGGUAUUUGAAACUUUUUGUAUGGUGGGUAUGUGGGACCAACUUUUGGUAUUUAUCGUUGUUGCGCAAUAAUGUUCUAAAUAAGAAUGUGAUGCUUGUCUAAUAAAUUUGUUUGAAUCUAAAUUUGUUGUUUAUAUCAAAACAUAUGCAUUUAACCUAAAAUAUGAUAUUAUUUAUGAACAUAUUAAAAAUAUAAAUAUGAUCCAAAUUGAGGUUUAAUACAUUUGUUAGCUGAAAAGAACAAAUUCUAGUGCAAAAAUAUUUCUUAAACCUGUUUUACCUACUCAUUUAUGACAUUAUGAAACAAAGACUAUAAAUACUAAAAGGUGCUCCCAAAUACCCACCAUACAAAAAUUAUUUUCAAGUGUCUCUUUCUCCUUAAGGAAAAAUCGGAAAAAAAUAUUGAAGACCACAUUUAGGAAUAACUUUUUGUACUUUUUCAUCUGAACUUUGUCAUUUUUAUGUUUUCUCCACCUUUAAGAAUCCAAACAAGCUAAGUUAAAGAUUUGUUCUUUGGGUGUACGGGGAAGGAGUGUUCAGCUAGUCCAGCAUUUCCAAAAUAACCAUCGAUGAAAUUUCCACGAAUUUCAAACCAGUGAUAAAAAAUCUGCUUGAAAAAGGUGUUAUUAAGAGAUGUAAAGAAUGCCUCAAAAUUUGAAAACCACAGCCUGUGUUCUGUUUCAGGUAUUCUUUAACUGUAAUACAGUUUAUUAUGAUAAGACACAUGUGAAAAGCUGUGUUACAAAAUGCACACAGGCAUGUGGGAUACCCGUCACAAAGGGGUGCCACAAUCAUGGACAUGCUGAGCAGGGUUAUUCAGGUAAAUUUACCUACAUAGUAAUUGUGAAACUAAGCAUAGAAGGUUAUUUAAAUUAAUUAAAUUAAGAAGAUGUCAAAAAAAAAAAGUUGUCACAACGGUAGGAUUUUAGUUUUUAAAAUUACAAUUGCUUUAGAAACAAUUUGUUUUUUCAUUUGCCAAAAUGUUUUUGGUGAAAUGUUGCAUUAUUGACUGAUGCAUUCUUGUUUAUCCCAAAGUCCAUACAUAAUGCGUUUGUAUUUACCACAAAUAUUAGAUUUUCCCUGAAAAUGUUUGCAUGUUAUCAUAAAGAAAUCAUCUGUGAAUGACAAACUCACUGUAUAUAAAUAUAAAUUUAUGCCCUUCAUUUUAAAGAGAAUGAAUCGGUGUGAUUGAAUUUAAUUUUUUUUUUCUUCUGCGAAAUGGAAAAUUGUUUUGGUGCAUGUGAGCAUAUCAUUUAUUGUUAUUUAUACAUGACCCCUAACCUGAACAGUUCACAUACUGUUUCCAUCAUUAUAUACUCUCGCUUUUCACUAUCCAUGUUACCUGUCCUGUAUAAUAUGUAUACAUGUAAAUUUAUGGAUAUAAAAAAAAUACUGAUUAUAAAUGAAAUGUCCAAGUCUUGUUUAAAGGUGUACAUUAUGUUUUUAUACAAACAGAACUGAUCAUUGUACAGAACUGAGCUUAUUAAAAAUCUUCU